GUCUAUUUGUGCUUUUAGUAAAGUAACUAAUUUGCAUGCAUCCUCUACCACUGAUAUUUGCUUACCUAUAUUGAAAGGUACCUACCUAUAGCAGCUAGUUUUUGCUUUAAUCUUCCAAGGUUUAAAAAAAUAACUUGUAACCUUAGAACUGUGGGGAUUAAAGACAUUUCAUGCAUGCUCAAAAUAAAGAAAACUUAUAUUUAAAACUUCGAGCAGCAACACAUUCCUCUAAUAAGUCACUCAAACACUGCAGAAUUUUUGAUGUGAAGUUUCCUCACAGUCAAAGAGAGUUGUGUUUGAAAAAGUACAAUUUAAACCACUGAUCAAAGCCAACUUAAGGAAAAAGUCAUGCUUUACUUCAGUUAAAGCAGCUGUAUGUAGCUUAGCAUUGUGGCAUCAAGCAAUGGUAAAUUAUAAGACUUAGAAGUAUGCAAGAUUUUUAGAUGGCACACAGAAAAAAAAACACACAAAAAUAUUAAAUGUUUGCUAACAUUAGCCGUCGUAAUACCAGACCACAUUGGGCUGCAGCAAAACAAGUGCCUGUAUUAAACUGAAUGAAAGCACCUUCUGUUGUUUACUAGAGUGUGAUGUUUAAAGUUAUGUUAAUAGUUCAAUGUGUAAUGUUUUUCUACAAAUAGAAUAACGCUGUGCAAUACUCCACAUUCAGAGGAAUCUGUACAAUAUCGUACUUCUUGCUUACUUUUCUAUUUAUGUCCCUACAUUUUUGCAUUAUCCCCUUUGCUGCUGUACAGCUUCAAAUUCCCCCACUGUGGGAUUAAUGGGGACUUAUUUUAUCUCUUACUUCCUCUUUCUAAAGGGACAUUGUCUCACUUUAAAGUAUUUCUCGUUGCACUUCAUCCCUGCAGGUGCCACUGUUUUGCCAUUCCUCUAGUGCAUAUGCUGUUUGUAUGCUAUAGUCAAUUAUGGCUUUUAGUCAGUAAAAAAAAUCCUGAAUUUAGGCGCAUUAAAGAAAGACUAUCCAGCUUAAAAUGAUCUGCAGUGAUUUGUAGGCCUCUCAAAGUAAACGUUUCCAGACAAACACAGGUUGCAGGGCAGCGCAGAGCAGUUCAUGAGCACCACAGUGAUAAUGGUGCUGCUUAUGAUGUGCUGUUCCAGCAGCACUGGCACUGCACUGUGAGGCAGGAGAAGUCGGGCCGUCGGGGAUUUGUCAGAGGCCUGUUAUUACAUCUCUAGUCACAUAAAAUAUGGCUGCCACUCCAGAGAUCCGACUGCCAGAUAAAUCCACUCUCCUCCAACCAGACUGGGCCUGGCGAAGCAGCCCUCCAAUGGUGUACCUCAGCCAGUGACCUCUGGUAAUGACGUGUGAUUUAUACAGUACAUGUUUAAAACAGAGAGACACAUUUGAGCCCCUCUGAGUGUAUCUGUAUCUGGUGUCAUGUGAGAUAACUGGCAGGCCUUUGGGAGAGGGGAGACAUGACACCCAUCUUUGGGGUCUCACAAAAUGGCUACAAUGUGGACAGUUUCCCUGCAGCUGUCUAAUCGCAGUCUGAGCCUUCAGUGAGCACUGUGUCUCCUCCUGCAUGAGGUCACUAACACACAUUGCAGGGUGGCACUUUAAGCUAACAGACCGCAGUGUGGAAAGCCUAAAUCAACACCUGGUUGGGAAGAAACAUUGCUAUUGUGUUUUCUAUGCAUUCAUAAAUGUCCAAGAAGGAAGAGAUUACAGGGUUUUGUGAGUACAUUAAACUAACACUGCUGGAUUAUGGCAAAUUUGACCUUUUUAGGAUGUGUUACAAAUAGAAAUCCAAUGCCGGUUCAUUCCAGAGAUGUCAAAAUUGCAUAAAGAUGCAGGAGAACAUGGGCAGAGGAGACGGAGUGAUUUUCAGGACGGUCUGUGACGUAAUUUGCACCGUCCCCUGCCAAGAAACGUCCCCUGCACAGUCUAGUAACUUAAGAGAUUAAGUUGUGUGGCUAAAGGAGAGCUGAGAGGCAGGCCAUGUCGUUGACCUUGGCAAGUGAGACACCGAGAUGAUGACACACCACCACAAAUAUCCGUCUUUAAUAAACAGGCUUGUGCAGCUCUGAACCCCAGGAUCCUUCUCAAGCUCGGCUGGAUGGAAACACACACACAUAAAAUAGUCACCUUCAUUUUAUGAUGCACAUUUCCACAAUGGCUCAACCUGUGGGCAAUUUACUGUAUUUUAUGGUUCAGUUUUGGGAAUGUUUGCUAAAGAAAAUCAUUGUGUUUUUAAUCAUGGUGAUUCAUUUUUAGAUGCAGUUUGUGUUAGAAUUGGGAAGCAGUGUUUGUUUGUUAGCAUUAGCAGCUCAGGUUUUGUUUUUUGCCAAAUUUGCAUUCAAGUAAGAUUUUUUUUAAAUUGAAAAAAAAAUACACUCAUUUGUUUGGAAGUUACAAAAAAAAUAAAGCAAAUAAAACAGUGUUCAGGUGCUUAUAUUUCAACCAAACAUCCAAAGAGCAGUUUCCACUGAAAUUAGAUCUCACCCCCCACCAGCAGCAAAUAUAAACUGUCUGGCUGUUUUUUCUCUCUCUUUCUCCUCCUCAUAACCUGAUAAAGUUAAACUGGCCACAUAACUUCAGAUGCCCUUUGCAAACUGACAGACAGUUUCUCUUUUUUCUCUCUUUUAUAUAAAAACUACCGGUUGAAAUCAAACUACAAUGUCGUCUGUUAUUUUAAAUGUUAGAGGGAGGGAUGUUGAUAAUAGAAAGCAGGCAAUUCUAAAAGAAAAUCUUUUCAUUUUACGUUACAGCUUUUUCUACACCACUACAGGAAAAAAAAAACUUCGAAAACAGCUAAAAAGCAUUUGCUGAAAUUUGAUUUCAUCUAAUGUUUUAACACAGAAAAAGCAAAAUCGAAAUAUUAAAAAAGAGCAACAUUUACCUUGUUCUUAUUCUGUCUUCAUGUUUUAUUUCUUACUGACGUGAAGCUAUAAUCACUGCGAUAUUGAUUUACAGCAUCUUGAUUUAUCAUUCGUUAUGAAAAAUACACAGCAGCAUUAUCAAGAAAAAAAUGACAACAAACGGUGAAUAAUAAUACAUUUCUACGAGUGCAUCCUGACAAUUUCGCUUUUUUAAAAAUACACUAUAAUUAACUUACAUUUGUUAUUGUAGAAUAAAUGAAAAUUGAAAUAUCGUUAUACGAAAAUUAAAUGUUCCCUUUCACUUGUAUUUUGAAAAAUGGGAAUUUUAAUGGUAAAUAAAACGCAUAUUUCGCCGCACAGCCGAUGCAAAUACACUCUCUGUCGCACACUACUUUGUCAGCUCAGCGCCAAAAUAAAGCCAUCAUGUCAAACCUGCAGGAUGCGGGGGAGAUUUGAGAGGAAAUGAAAUAUUUCUCGGACGAUAUAAAAGGAGCCCUUUCGCCUGAGUUAUGGCCCGAGUUUGGCGUUGCUCAGAGGGAUGCAUGCUGCUCCUUCCCUCCCGCCCCAGAGGAGGUAUCAUCAGAGCUGAUAUAUGGCCCAGCUCCACAUUACCUUUACAAAACAAAGGAUCAUCCACGCUUUGGGUCGAGGAAAAACAUCCUUCUGACUAGAGCUGCGGCACCUAUAGUAACAGGAGUCGACUUGUCUUUUUCAAAUCAUCCAGAUAAUCCAAAUACUUUUAAAUAGAAGAGCAGAAGCUGAACUGAACUUUUUUGCGCGUAAAAACGCAUAAAUUGGCUACAGAUUGUGAUUUCUCUCCCCAAUCUCCCUCUUUUCUUCCUCUCUCUUACCCUCUCUCUCUCUCUGCUUCCCCUCAUUUACCCCAUAUACCUAUUCUGGUAUCUCACCACACGACUAAAUUAGACCAAAGAUGAUAAGAGCACAAAGCAUUAUAAUUCCGCCGGGCUCCUCCUCCUUCCAGCCAUGCGUCCUAAUUAAUGGGACACCCCCAGUCGCAAAAAGCCCCGCACUGGACUGCAACAUAGUCAAAGAGUGAAAGGGAAGAGGGCGAAAGUGCCACUGGAGAUAAUUGAUUACCUACCAAUCAAUGAUAACUUGUUAGUAAUCGUCAACUCUUUGGACCUCGCCAUUUUCAGGGAGGCAACUCACUCCUGCGGACUUGCUGCUCCCGAGGAUCGACACUUUGAGCACAUCCCAUUUUGGAAUAAGAUUUUCUUUUACUCCUUAUCUCUGUUUUUGUCCCCCGAAUCUCCAGAACUGUUAUGUGACUUUUCUCUGCGCGUUUCUGACCUCCGAAUAUUUUCAGCCAAGUCCUACAAACUCUGCGUACAACCAAUGAUGACAUCCAAAGAAGUGGCCAAAUGUGAUGCAGUGGAAAACAGGAGGCGAAGUCCGCUGGACCACUUGCCGCCUCCUGCCAACUCCAACAAGCCGCUGACCCCCUUCAGCAUCGAGGACAUCCUGAACAAACCGUCGGUGAAACGAAGUUACACGAUUUGCGGCACGGCUCAUCUAAUUUCGUCCUCUGAGAAGCACCGUCCGUCCAGCAUCCCUCUGUCCAGCCGGGCUCUGCUCACCCAAACCUCUCCGCUCUGCGCGCUGGAGGAGCUGGCCAGCAAGACCUUCAAGGGGCUGGAAGUCAGCGUGUUACAGGCUGCGGAAGGCCGGGACGGGAUGACUCUGUUCGGCCAGAGAAGCACUCCCAAGAAGCGUCGGAAGUCUCGAACGGCGUUCACCAAUCACCAGAUCUACGAGCUGGAGAAACGCUUCCUGUACCAGAAGUACCUGUCCCCGGCCGACCGGGAUCAGAUCGCUCAGCAGCUGGGCCUGACGAACGCGCAGGUCAUCACGUGGUUUCAGAACCGGAGGGCCAAGCUAAAACGGGACCUGGAGGAGAUGAAGGCCGACGUGGAGUCGGCCAAGGCCGUCGGCCAGGUCCCGCUGGACAAGCUCGCCAAGCUGGCGGAUCUGGAGAAAUGCGCAAACGGCACGCUGGGCCACCCGCGCGCCGAAUCCCCCGUGCGGGGAGGCCAGCAGGAGCUCGAGCUCGCUCAGAAACUGCGGACAUCGCCGCUGUCUCCAUUCUCAGACCACACAACGAGCAAGGAGUGCUCGGAGGACGAGGACGUGGAGAUUGAUGUGGAUGACUGAUGGCGCAGCGAGGAGCUCCGACGCGCAAAAACACACAAACACACAGAGACGCGAUUUAAGAAAAAGAAAGAAAAUCCCACCGAGGACUUGUAACUUACUGCUUAUAUUGUAUACCAUAUCUCAGAACAUGUACCAAAAUGUAAUGACUUUUAUAUCGGCACAGAUAUUCAUAGUGAAGCAUGAACACAGAACAAGAUAUGCAGUGGUAUUUUACAAUGUAUUCAUUAGCGAACUGUUAGCAGACUUCUUUCGAUCAAAGCAAUAUGGUCUGAAAUGACACGAGUAACUUAUUAUUUUUUUACAGCAUAGACCAACACACACGCGCGCACACACACACAUGUAUUCAAACACACACACGCGCACACACACACACACACACACACACACACACACACACACACACACACACACACACACACACACACACACACACACACACACCUGCUCUGUUGCUUUCCCCGUUAAGGCCUCUCUCUCUCUCCAAACACAGCCAACAAUGAAAGUGCUCCAGUUUUCCAUAUUUUUUGCAUGUAAAUGCAUGAUUUGAUUUGUGAUCAUUAUCUAUUUAUUUCUACUUUUCCUUUUUUAAUUUAAUUGCUUUUGUAUUUUCUGUGAGCCAAAAUCGCCACUGAGUCACUGUGUCACUGCCGGCUCUUCCUCCUCUCCUCCUCUUCAUCAUCAGCAUCAUUAUUAUUUAACUGUAGCCUUCAGUGCAUGAUGGUGAUGAUGAUGAUGGUGAUGAUGGUGAAAGGCAAACUCACAGUUAUGGAAAAUGCUCAACCGAUGGCGAGAAACAGCAGCUACUUAUUGCGGUGAUUUUGACGAGCUCUAGGCUACACUUUUUAGAUUUAUUGUUUGGAUACAAUAGAUUUACAGUUCAAAUUUGUUAUGUUUUGUACACCUGUAAGUGCCUUUCUAAAAUCAGGACAUUAUUUGAAAAACCAAUGCACAGACUGUAAUGUAUAUAGGCUACUAUGGGAAUAAAAAUGGCUUUUCUGAA